AUGCUCUUCAUUGUUGGCUACAAAGAUAUACAUUCAUUGGCCGAUAAAGCGAAGUUGAUGCCUCAGUGUCGAGCGAUUGCAGCGCAAUACCCCGAAUACGAUAUGGUACCUUUCGAUACGGACUCGCAGUUGAUCGACGUUAUCCUCUCGGUACCGUCCACAACAUUCUAUACCAUGGCAUAUACGGUCGUUGCAAUUGGCAUUGUCUUCUUCAUAUUCUCAACAAACUUCAUGACCUCGCUCGUUGCAACCCUUUCUGUGCUGUCAAUUUGCACUGGAGUACUGGGUAUGAUGCAUUAUUGGGGUUGUUGUCUGGAUCCACUCACGAUGGUCGCUGUCAUAAUGACUGCGGGGCUGGGUGUCGACUUCAGUGUUCAUAUUGUAUUCCAUUAUUUGCUGAAUGAGCAGAAACACGAUGAUUGCGCGAAACGAAUUGCAGCCGCAUUCAACGGAUGCGCGCUUUCAACAGUUCAGGCUGGCUGCUCAACAUUUCUAGUCAUGUUCCCGGUUCUAUUCGCUCCGGUUGGUGUGUAUACGGUUAUUGCGAAAGCGAUUGUUCUGGUUGUUAUCAUUGGCCUUAUUCAUGGCCUUCUUUUAGUGCCUAUUUUAUUGAGUGCACUUCCGAACACUUUUACUGGUAGUGUUUAUAUGAUCUUCCCGAGUAAAUUAGAUCAGCCAAACAUCAAGUGA